GUGAAAUCAUAUACAUGCCAACGCAUCCUUAAGCUUUGCACUACUGACGAUGUCGGUGUCAAUGAGUAAAUGACCCAUUUGGUGGAGACCUUCCUAGGGGCAUCAAAUCCGUGAGAACAUCAUGCCCCCCGAUCCCCGAUCUCGAUCCGGGCCGACGGUGACGAUAUUGAGCGCGGCUGUGCUACCUACAUCAAACCCGACCAUGGUUUCCUUCGCAGGCUGCCCAGUGCCAACGGGGCAGCAACGAACGCGCUGUCCUCUCCACAACGCUCACUAUACCUCCACUCAAAUUCUCCUAUAACGCGGCCGUUUGAGUCACAUUUGGAGCACAUUUGGACAUCUAUAAGUGAUGACUAUAUCAGAUUCCGUCCUGCAGGUCGGCUAUGACCUCCUUGACAAGGGGCUCGUACCGGAUGUCGUUCUUCGGCCCGUCAUACGCGCGCUGUGCCGCCAGCGGUUGCGCGAGAUUGACCACGGUUCGUUCGAGGCGAAUCAUGCGGCCAAAAUGGUGUGGAUUGAGGGAGUACGGGCGCGCGACACCAUCGCCGACCUGACCGAGAAGGCCAACGAGCAACAUUACGAGGUCUCCACGGCGUUCAUGCUCUCCUGCCUCGGGCCGUUCGCGAAAUAUUCGUGCUGUUUGUAUCCAACCGGCAAAGAGACGCUUGAGGAAGCGGAAGUGCUUAUGCUUGAAAGCUACUGCGAGAAGGCGCAGCUGAAGGACGGACAAGACGUGCUCGACCUCGGAUGCGGCUGGGGCAGUCUUUCCCUUUAUCUUGCCCAAAAGUACCCCAAGUCUCGCAUCACCGGUCUCUCCAACUCCACCACCCAGAAAGUGCACAUCGACGCUCAAGCUCAAGCGCGUGGUCUGACCAACCUCGAGAUCAUCACCGCAGACGUCAACACCUUCGACUUCUCCGGCUCAAAACACUUCGACAGAAUCUUAUCCAUAGAGAUGUUCGAGCACAUGAAAAACUAUCAAGCCCUGCUGCGCAAGGUUUCAACAUGGCUCCGGCCGCGGGCUUCUCAAAAAUCCGACGGCAAAACCGGAACGCCGGUGGAGCAAGAAGACGCGCUCUUGUUCGUGCACAUAUUUUGCCACCGCACGACGCCCUACCAUUUCGAGGAGGGCGACGGAUGGAUGGCCCAGACGUUUUUCUCGGGCGGAACAAUGGCUUCACAUGAUUUACUGCUAUACUUCCAAUCGGACCUGACCCUCGUUCGCUCGUGGUACCUCCCGGGCACGCAUUACCAGCGUACGUCCGAGCACUGGCUCAAGCGGCAAGAUGCCUACCGUAAAGCGGGCAUUGCGGAACUCGAGCGCGACGCCAUAGCGAAGGGGCUCUCGCCCGAAGAAGGCCGCAAGGCCUUUUUCCGCUUCCGUGUCUUCUACCUCGCCGUCGCUGAGUUCUUUGGGCUUGAGCACGGACAGCAGUGGGGCGUUGGCCAUUACUUGUUCAAGGCGAAAGACCUACAGUGAUCCGGAAGCUGGUGACGUGCUACUGUGUAGUCGCCUGAGGCUGGCAUAGACCUCAUAAACCAUUUGAUGUGAUGUAGGGGAGACUGCUGGCUUAGCAGAUAGUGCUGAUUAAAUACAUUGUUGUCCAGUUCCAUGCGAGAUAACGACCACAUUUACGAUAUUAGCAUGUCCACAAAGCCCUAUAAGAAUAUGUCCCUCUCCACGUUCAUGAGCUGCGUAGAUCAGCCUGAAUCAGGCGUGCCAUCGCUACUCCCCGCACCCAGUGCAUGAUACGCCCUCAGAAUGCUCUCCAUCUCGUCGCGCAUCUUGCUGUAGCGAUCACUUAGCUUGUACAGCUCCUCCGCGUCCAUCAUCUCCCCGUCGUCGCUCCCGUCGUCGUCGUCAGACGUCGACCGCGACCACGCAGAGUCGUACCCACUUAGCCCGCGCUCCGCCAUCGCCUUCUGCGCGACGACCUUCUGGAAAAGGCCGAGAUAUCGCGGGUACAGCUUGUGGUAGAGGUUCGUGAGCCCCGCACGGUCUGUCGGCAGCGUGCGUUUUGCGCGUCGCGCGUGCGCAUCGUGGUGGCGCGCGGUAGGAGGAUGGGGCUUGGCUUUCUUUGUCGGCGGCGACUCGCUUUCGGACUCGGAAGAAGACGUGUAUAUGUGAUCAAGGCGGCGCAACUUGGUGGUGCUCGUCGAGCGGCGUUCGCGUUCGCGUUCGCGUUCACGAUCGCGCUCCCUGUCCCGGUCACGUUCCGUGUCCCUAGGCUUGCUGCGCUCUCCAUCCCGAUCCCGAUCGUCUCUGUCCCUGCCCUGCUUCAACGUCGGCGGUAGUGGCGCAGGGCUUUCCCUGACCCUCGGGGACGAUUCUCUCCGCCUCGCCUCGGACUUUAGAUUGGCCACCUCCCUCGACUCCCGCUCGCGAGUUGGCGCAGCCUCGCCCGUUUUCCGCCGUUUGGUGGCGGCAUCCCUUUUGCGUUCUCGUGGCGUGUCCGUGUACUCGUCAUCGUCAUCGUCAUCGUAUGCGGUUUUCUUUCGUUUCAACGACGUGUUGGACGCGGAGAGCCGAAGUUCCUUGUCCUCCUGCUUGGGCCUUGGUAACAAGGAUAAGCGAGAGUCAGAGGUCUUAGUUUUCGCUCGCGGCGGAGGCUCAUCCCUCAGGGAGCGAACCGGUGUUUCUUCCUUCACCCUCGAGCGCUCCCGCUCCCUCUCUUCCUUGACUCGCGCCUUCUCUUCCCUCUCCCUUUUCUCAUCCCUCGCCUGCGUCUUGGCCUGCGCUUGCGCCUUGGCCUUGGCCUGUGCCUUUGCCUCCUCUUGUUCUUGGGCUCUCUUCUCCUCCCGUGCCCUCUUGGCCUCCUCCUUGGCCUUCUUCUCCUCCUCCCGCGCCUUCCUCUCUCUAUCCUCCCUAGCUGCCGCCCGGGCCUCCUUCUCUCGCUCCCGCUCUCUCUCCGCCUUCUCCUUCUCCGUCCGCCGCGCGGGCGGCGGUAUGGGCGGCGCCGGCUUCUCCCGCUCGCGUCCCAACGGGCUCUCGGUCCUUCCCGGGCCCUGCUUUGAGCUCCGCGCGUCGACUGGGCCCAGCCUCUUCUGCGGCACGCCAGUCGGCGGGUUCUGCGUCGGCGCCGGCGUCGGGGUGCCGCGCCCGCUCCCGGUCUGCGAGUGCGAUGGCGUAGUCGGCGAUGGCGCCUUGUACCCCGAGCCGGGCAACCGCCGCGCCGGCUUCGGCGGCUGCGGCUGCUUGAUUUCGCCCUCCUCUUGCUCGGACGACGGCGCCUCGCUAGCCUUGCUGCCGUUCGUCGACAGCCGCGGCCGCACCUGCACUUGCACCUGCGGUUUGGGCGGAAGCAAGCUCACACCCGAGCCAACCGUCGAGUUCGACGCCGUCGUGAGCUGGGACGCCUUCCUGCUCUCGUCUUUCAUCAUGAUGGGCUCGUCGUUCGCCCUGCGCGAGGUGCCGACCUCGACCUUCGCCCGCGGCUUUUUCUUCGCGGCGACAGCGGCGGCAUUGGACGCACCCGCAUCCUUCCUCGGCGCGGUCGCAGGCGCCGGGGGCAGCGCGUCCCGUUCUCCCGCCGCAACCGCGCCGCUCGUAGUGCGGAACUUGAUGUGAGCCCACGCAGGGUCGCUCUCGGGCACGUUCAGGUCUUUGAGCGCGAUGCGGGCCUGGCGCGCCAUCGUGAUGCGCUCCUGCUCGGACAGACCGCGCCAUUCGUACGGCCGUACGUCGAGCCACGACGCGCGCUUGAGCCGCCACAGCUUGCCCGCCGCCUUAUCCGCGCUCUUCUUCGGCACCGGCUCGGGCUCCGCGACCUCGUUGAGCAUCGCGAGCACGUCGUCCUUGUUCCCGCCCAUCAGUCGCAUGAUCUCCUCCGUAGAGCGGGACUUGACCGCGAGGCAGUGCACCAUCCUGCGCCGCAGGGGCACGACGUCGUCCUUGGUGCCGGACGCUGCCGCCGCGGCGCUCGUCGGCGCCUGCGCUGGCAUCGGCGACACGCGCCCGCUCCCCGACGGCGAGCGCGAGUGCCCGAUCGUGGUCGGCUUGCUCGGCUUCAAGAACGCGGCCGCGCCCGUCUUCGCCUUCUUCGCGCCGCCGCCCGCCGAUUUGCCCGUUUUGGCAGCGGCGGCGGCAGCGGCGGCAGUAGCCGUCGGUGGAUCGUCGAUCAUGACGACGCGGCGCUCUUUGCGCUUUUGCUCGUGCGCGUCGUUGAUGCUCUUGAUCCGCGUGGUGACAUCGUCGAGUUGGGGCUGGACGCGGAAGAGGCCGCUGACGGACGCGUGGAGCUUGAGGGGCGCGUUCUGCCGGUUGGCGAGCGCGGUGCGGAGGUAGAUAUCGUGCGAGGAGGUAUCGCUCUGACCCUGGAUGGGGAAGAAGCGGUCGCCGAUGCGGAGGCCAGCGGUGGUCGAACCGUCGCCGGACUGGAACUCGAUCUUAGCGCCCACCGGUAAGGAAUCGAGCGCAUCGAGCGUCUCCGCCGACAUGCGCACGAUCACAGCUUGCUUCGGCUUGGACUGGGCGGCUCCAAAGCCCUGGAGGGAGAGCGGGGUGUCCGUCGGGAGCGGCAUCGUCGUCGCACUCGUGUCCGCGCUCGUGAGUGCUGGUCGCUACUGGUGCCACUCGCGCUCGGCGUGGGGAUGGUUGGUGGUAUAUGGUGGUAGAAGAACAAGCCAAGAGGUAAUGGCCCUCUCAAGCCCUGUGUAGGCUGUGGCCGACGACGACGACGUUCUAUUGUGUUUUGGUCGCUGUGUGGGCCGCUGAUUGUCUGAGCGGGGGAUGCGCCCGUCGCGAGCGGAGGCAAAGCCAAACCGCCGGUCCGGGAACAAGGCAGGCCAUCGGGCCAUCCAACACAGCAUCAGUGUUCAAUAUUACAACGAAAAUCCGCCUUCCUCCCUGGGAGCAAGCGGUUCUCUACACACCGACAUUAAACUGUACAGUUUAUCGACAAGUCAAGUAGAGUAUAGCGAUGAACGAAGAUGCGUGGACGAAGGGGAGAAAGGUACGAGUAAGCACAGCAAAGUGAGACAUUAACGACGGGCCACAGCACGAUUUCGGCUUAUGACAAUGAAGGAAUCAGUCCUUUUGUUUCUCGCGCGACUGCUGCUCGUGUACGAGCAUGUCGACCGCCCGUUCUUCCGCAUCGUCGUCCCGCACGUUGUCCGACUGAUUAUUCGAAUCUUUGCCGUUGCCCAUGUUGACUACCGUAUACUGUUGUUGCGCAAGGGCCUGACGAAGUGACGUGACUUCAUUCCGCAGGUUCUGAUUCUCAACGCGUAGCUGGUCGACGAUGGCGCGACACUCCUCCCAGCGCCUAUUCGCCUCGUCCGCAGACGCAAGCGCCGUGUCGAGCAACUGCGAGCGCGCCUCCAAAUUCUUCACGUGCUGGUCUCGUCGUUCCCGGAAGGCGCGCUGCGCCUUGCGGUUUUGCUCCGCGCGCUUGCUCUGGCUCAGCGGCCGUCCGCCCUUUCCGCCGUCCGAGCUCUGUCCGUCCCCCUUCUGGUGCCCCGGGUCGAUGGGUGGCGCGCCACUCAUCGCGGCUGGGUGCAGCGACUGUGGCGGCAAUCCCCCCGGCGUGUAAUCGUACGCGUACAUCGCGCCGAUGUGCGGCGGCGGGUGCGGCUGGAUCAGCGUAUGCGGCGGCGGCAGCGAGUGUAUCGGCGGGCCCUGAUGCUGCUGCUGCGACAGCUGCGAUUGUGGUUGCGGUGGCUGCUGCGGAUGUGGUUGGGUUUGCUGCGCGGUCGCCGCGGACAUUUGCGGCGAGUCGCUUGCCGUCGCCGGCGACUUUCGCUUGCGAGAGGUGCGGCCCGCGGGCUGGUUCACGGUGGGCGGCUCCUCGCGUAGCCGCAUGGUGUUGUGCAUGAUCGAAGUCGAGCCCGACGCCGGCGGUCCGGGGUGCGGGUCGUUCGCGGCGGCGCCGACGGUCGUCUGG